UGAGUGUAAGUAGAAAAUGAGUGGACGAGGAAAAACCGGCGGUAAAGCUAGGGCCAAGGCCAAGACUCGCUCAUCCCGCGCCGGGCUGCAGUUCCCCGUGGGCCGUGUGCACAGGCUUCUGCGCAAAGGUAACUAUGCCGAGCGCGUUGGUGCCGGUGCACCCGUCUACUUGGCCGCAGUGCUGGAGUAUCUGACCGCUGAGAUCCUGGAGUUGGCUGGCAACGCCGCUCGCGACAACAAGAAGACCCGUAUCAUCCCUCGCCAUUUGCAGUUAGCCGUUCGUAACGACGAGGAACUCAACAAACUGCUCGGAGGAGUGACCAUCGCUCAGGGUGGCGUGCUGCCCAAUAUCCAGGCUGUACUGCUGCCCAAGAAGACCGAGAAAGCGGUGAAAACCAAGUAAACUUGGCGUUCUCCUAAACUGUAAAUAA